AUCCUCCACCUCCGGUACGUAUGAUUUUUUGAUACUCGUAGGAGGGAUUGGAAAGCGUAUUUGUAAUCACAGGGUUAAUGCAAACUGAGCAGGAUUGAGGAGUCGAGAAAGAUCGCGAUGAUAAGUAAAUUACAAUCAAAUAAGACAAUUAUGUUUUAGUAGAACAAUACGUGUUUCAUUUUUUGAAAAAUGUUGGCGUCUAUCAUCAUCAACACAUGGCAUUGUUUUUUUUUUUAAUACACGUAAAGGGUUACUUACUAAAUUUAGGAAGGGAACAAUCACCUUAGGAAAUCGAUCAUUUGAAGAUUUCUCAGGAAAUAUAAAAUCGUACUUAAAGUUAGUACUUAAAAUCGAUAGUUAAAACUAGAAUGUAUGAAACGUUAAAUCACGAAUAAAUCAUGAAUAUUUUUCCAAUCAGCCUGCUGGUAUGGUUUUACAAUUAUCCAAUUUUUUUUUGGAAGUCCAGAGAAACUUUACUCUAGAAGUGGGCUCACAUGGAAUGAUGGAAACUUGGACUAAAUUAACGGAACCAAAACUAGAAAAAAGGGGCCGUUAACCCCUGACUCUUAACUAGUAUACGAUACGCGAAGCCCAAAGAUUCUUUCUUCCCAGAAGUUUGGGUAAUGUCAGCCCAACUCUGCCAUGCACUAAGGGCCAGUCACUUAGUCGUCCACCAGUACUGUCCAUCAGUCAGACAGUCUUUUUGUGAUGCAUUUUCAGGAUUUUCACCGAAGUACCCAUCUUUGCUGUAAAAAAUUCUCAAAAAUCAAUACAAUAAUGUUUUAAGAAGUUCUCAAAUUACACAUGUUUUGAGAAGAUUGCUUCAAACUAAAGUAAUUUGUAUAUUGAUCGAUUGAGAUAUUAAAAAUCCGUGAUCUACACCCACAUUUAUUUUGAGAUCUAAACAAUCUGGCACAGAUCGCUUGAAACUUCAGUAAUUUGUGGCAAAUCGUUUCAGAACUCAACCAUCACUAAGUUAUCUACGGAAAAAUCAAUCGAAUUUAACUUUGUGCUUUUUUAACUGAACUGAUUUUUUUUUAUAAUUUUUCGAGAUCUUUGCAAAUGCAAACAAUAAAAAAUGGCAUGUUCAACUUUUAUCUCCAAAAAAUGUCAUUUGUUUCCUCAAAUUAGACAUUUGUUUUAAUUUUACAAAACUUUUUGAGAUCUUCGCAACCACAAAAGUCACUGGCCUUAUACUACAGUGUUUUUUACAUAGCCAAAAGUUAUAAAAAUUUAUCAAAAUACAAUAGUCCCUAUAAAUCUAUGCAAUAUAAAAAAUUUGUGAUGAUUGAAUGUGAGAGCAUAAAGUUAUAACUUAACAUUCGAACUUAUGUGAAAUCAUAAAAUGGCUUAUUUGAGGUAACAAAUGACCUUAUUUGGAGAUGAAAGUUGAGCAAACCACAUUCGAUUAUUUGUAGUUGUGGAAAUCUAUUUUUUUUUUGCAAAAUAAAAAAGUUCACGUUGAACAGAUGAUCGAAUACAAAGUUACUGUUGUUGAUUUUUUACCGUAUGUAACACAUUGACCACUGAGGUAUGAAGCUAUCUAUCCCAGAUUGCUUAGGUCUUAAGCGAUUUGUGACCAAAGCUAUAUGUCUCAAAACAUGGGUAGUUUGGGAAUUUCUUAGAAAACUAUUGUAUUUUAAUUUUUUUUAUAACAAUGUGUGUACUUCGAGAAAAAAUCCGUCCUUUACAAGACCAACAAUUAAUAUUUGAAGUAUCAAUACCACGCUAAAUUUCUAAAAUUGUCUUGUUUCUUUUCAAGAAGAACGGGCUAACUCGAUCUUGUGAAUAAAGUGACGAGAUCCUCUAGAUAUCGACUUUAGCUCAACAGGUUCAUAUGAAGUUAUGAACUAGAACGAGCUAAACUAAUUCUCUCACUCGAUGCGGUUGAUUGAAGUUCUAAUUUUUUUUUCGAUAUUGAGAUUAAAUGUAAACGAAUUUGCUGUUCCAAUUCCAGCGAGAGUUCACACCAGUUGCAAAUUUCUCUGCGAUAAUAAAAAAGAAUGCAUAUGAAAUAAAAAAACUGCUCGUGAGACUUUGUUACAAAAGGUAGUACGAAAUUUUACUGACCAGCAUGAGACGUGUUUAAAGUGUUAUUCAUGACAAUAUACUUAUUCUAGGACGUAAAAUUGUGAGAAAAACGGUUAAUGAUUUUUUCAAAGACGUAAAUUGUAACACCUUAAAAAUUAUCAGAUCGGCAAAAAAACACAAGAGAAAAUCAUGGAUUAUAAAAGAACCAUUCAACUUUAAACCGGCAACAAAAUAUCAUACGAAUCAAAGUACAAAACAAAAAACAGGUAGCACUUGCCACUAAGAAAGGAAGUCGAGGUUUAAAACGUGCUAAAGGCAGGCAGGUGAGGCCAGACAAGGUUGGUGGGAAUUUGCCAAUCAUCCCUUCAAUUAGGGGUGGAAAUUGGGGUGGGUGUGAUUACCCGCCUCACAUUUUGCGGGUAACCACAUCCACAAAUAUAGAAUUAUGCUACCCACAACCCGUCUCGCAGUGGGUAGUGGUUAACUACUACUCGCUGCGGGUUGGUUGUGGAUAUUCACAAAAAAAUUUAGAUUAAAAAUAAUAAUAUGGUAAUUAAAUAGUGAGGUUGUUUUCUUCUCACAAAAAAACAAAAAACAUACAUAAAAGAAAGUUAAUAAAGUGUAAAAUAAAUUAUAAAUCUCGAAUACAGUAGGCUAGUUAGUCUAAAUUCAAAAGAGAUGGAUUUGAAAAGAGAUUUGAAGAUAACGAAGAGGCGGAGUGAUAUGUUACCCGACUAACAUCGUUGCAUGUCACGACUCCUCCGAUGACAACAACAGCAAUACACAAAAGUGGCUCGAUAAGUGGAGGCAUCCGCUUUUAAUGAAUCGAUUAUUCUUCACUCUCGAUUAAUCGAUUAUAGUCUUGUAUUGUUGGUAGUUGGUUGCAUGUUGUGUUGUUCGUGAGUUCGUGGAGAAAUGGAGAUGAGUUUGGGUAUCAGACUAACCUUUAUCGAUUAUUCUCCUCUUUUAACGAAUCGAUUAAUUUAUCUGACUAUUUCUAUGGACUUGGUUUUGUUAUAAAAGAAACAUAUACCACAGGGGCAAUGCUUAUUUAAUAAAAGUAUCUCACAUGAACAUUAUGUAAUGACUUGGUUUUGUUUUAUAGAAUAAAUGCAUAUUUGAUUUUGGUAGCUACUUUAAUUCUUAGUCUUCCGAGUUUAACAAACUAAUAUAACUAAUGUGGUUAAGGAGACCAAUACCAAUUUUCUGAAAUGCUACCGAAUUCUCUGAGCGCACUCCCUUCUCCCUCUCAUCCGACGGCGACUCUAGAAUUAUCAGGACGACCACCGGAUAUCCCCUCGACUGCAACAGGGGGCAAGAUUGAUGUUGCUAUCAGCUCUAAUCCAGGAUCUCUUAAUUUCAAGGCAGCUCUUGCAGGAACCAGUCAAGAAACCUUAAGGAAAGCUCCUCAAUGGACCUUCGUAGGAGAAGGAGACAUAGAGACAGGCUUAUUUCAGGGGGAACCAGAACUGAGGCUAUCAGGAAAGUUCAAAGAGAAACUAUGCCAACCCUGGAAGAAAACUCUUAUCGUGCGAUUGCUUGGCCGCUCCAUCACCUACUCAUAUCUAUGCUCCCAGCUACGAUGGAAAUGGAGACCGGUAGGAUCUCUGGAAAUUUUGGAUCUGAACAACGAUACAUUCUUAGCAACCUUCGGCGACGAUCAAGACUACUUGAGGGCUCUCACGGGUGGGCCAUGGGUCAUUCUCGACCACUACUUGGUGGUUCACCAAUGGUCGCCCUCAUUUCGUACUUCAGAUAAACCACAUAAAUCAGUGGUUGCUUGGGUUCAGUUCCCGGAGUUGCCGGUUCAUUACUAUCAUAGAGAGGUUCUAUUUGCUAUUGGAAAUCUGGUGGGACGUACUGUUAAGCUCGACUACCACACCGAGAACCUAGAAAGGGGUAAAUUUGCUCGCAUAGUUAUUGAUCUGGACAUGACCAAGCCACUUCCUACUCGGGUCCGGCUUGACGGUGUAUGGCAACAGGUGCUGUAUGAGAACAUACCGACCAUAUGCUAUGAAUGCGGGAGAAUUGGUCAUACAGAGAGAGACUGCCCCACGAAGAGACCACCACUUCUCCUGGCUCCGGCGACUCAAGGUGAACAAACGGUUAGCUCGUCGGCGGCCGAGACAUCGGAAACACCAGCAGGCUAUGGGCCAUGGAUGCAGGUCGUCCGCAAAACCCGUCGCCAAAACGGGAAACCCACAGCUACAUCAGCAUCAAAUCCGGGUACAAAUAAAGGAAAGAAACAAGAAUUACCCAAAGAUAGCAACCCCGUGAAAGGAAAGAGUAAUGUCGAGCAAUCUAUCACCGUCGGGGAAAUCAAAGGAAAGCACGAACAGCAGAAAGGGGCUAAACAUAGCAAGCAGGGAAAUCAAAAGGGGAAAGAGGUGGAUUCUAAGCAGUCUGGAGACGUUAAAGCAACGACUACUUCAAGAGUGUGGCGUCCCGUUGGGCUUAAUACGAAAGAAGCUUCAUCCAGCAAAGGGCCCAUGGAAUCCAGUCCAGAAGAAGCCCAACCACCCACUCAACAGCCCGCUCUGCAACCACAAGUUAUUGCUGGCCCAAACAAGACCAAAAUUCAGAUUCUGAAUGUACCUGAUCUGCAAUUUCAACAGAAAGAAAAUAGAGACCCUAAUCAGAGAGAUUCCUCUGUUCGACAUCAUUACAAGAGGAAGACAGCGGAUCAAGCACCUCACCCCAAAGGAGUUAACCUCAAAGCAACUAAGAAGACACUUCAGAUUCGCAGCCCCGGAAAGAAGGAACGCCAGUUGAAGCAGACUCCAACCUCUUUACCUAUCUCUUUGCAGGCGAUUGAAGAGUUCUGCGUUAUAGCUCAAAAGAAGAGCGAGCACACUAGUUGCCUUCCCACGAAGAUAGCUGAGGAUGAAGCAAUGGUCGAGUCCGCGGAAGUUGAAGCUGCUAACACGCCGCCCCGCGACAAGGACCCAGAAGCAACGGCGCCUAUUACAAUCGAGCAGCCGCGCUCUAUCUGAUCCUUACCCCUCUCCUUCUUCUUUCAGUUUUUUAUUUUAAUGAUUUAUCAGACUAACUUCAAAAUCUUGUCUUGGAACGUUUGUGGUGCAGGGGGAAAAAAAUUCAUUCGAGCUA